AUGAGGUACUACAAAGACUUUUAUGGUGACUAUUACUACCUUGAGGAAUCUGGCCGAAAUGUUUAUGAUGACAAGGAGCUGACAAAGGACCCCUCUAAUGAGCCUACUAGAUCCUCUUAUGGUUUUCUAUCUGCUAAUUUGAAAUCCUAUCUUGAUGAGUUGGUCAAAAUGAUUUUGGCUGACAACCAGGUUGAGAUAAAGGCUGAGAUACGAGCUUCUGAAGCUCGAGUGACUUGUCAAGUGGAAUCUAUUAGAAUUACUGUUGACUACCUGGGUAGAACUAGUGUUAUCCUUGAUAUUGGUCCUUCUGAUAUUGAUACAAAUACCACUGUUCCCGUUCCAGAUGUCACUAUUGUUGUACCACCUUCUGAUGAUGCAACUGACAUUGCAUGA